GUUGCCGCAGUGACGCCGCGUCGCUCCCCGGCGCCGCCAUUUGGCUUUGUUAGCGGAGACCCCGGGGAGAGGCGGCGAGGCAGAGAGAGACGCACGCCGCACACACGACGCGCACGCCGCGGCGGGAGAUCGAAGGCCAGGAGCGAGGGAGGCGACACGGCGCGGGGACGGGGAGACGCAAGGUCUUGUCUCGGCCCAGCGACAGGAGGCCAUGUCAGGCGAGCAGGGCGGCGUGCCGUCCGGCGUGGGAGGAUCGACGGUGCCCAAUCCCGGGCCUUCUCACAGCCCCAUGAUGGGCCCCAGCCCGGGUCCCGGGCCCUCCCCGGGGGGCGGGUCCUCGCACGGCCUCAUGGGCAUGAGCCCGGGCCCGGCGCCGCCACCGCACCCGCUCCCUCCCGGGGCCCACUCGGGCCACGCUCACGGAGGAGGGCACUAUAUGCACCCUGGGGUGCCAGGUCCCUUCCCGCAUGACAACAUCCACGCCCUACACAAGACCGUGGAGUCCCUGCAGGAGAAGGGAGCGGGCGACGAUGCUCGCUUUGGCCAACGGAAGCCCCUGGUUGUGAUGAAGCCGGGCCACCCGGCCAUGUUCCCUCCCAGCCCCAUGGAUCAGCACUCACAAGGUUACGCAUCACCACACCCGUCCCCGCUGGGGGGCCCAGAGCAUGCAUCCAGUCCCAUGUCGGGGGGAGGGCCCCCCACUUCAUCCGUGCCCAUGGCCUCGAACCCGAAUGGCCCCCCUCCAAAGGGAGAUGCCCAGGCUUCAGGACCCGCUGUGCCAAAUGCAGCGAACGGGGGGCCCGGCGCCCCCUCCCCGUUUAACCCGAUGCAGCUGCAGCAGCUGCGGGCGCAGAUCAUGGCCUACAAGCUGCUGGCGCGGGGGCAGCCGCUCCCCGAGGGACUGCAGAUGGCGCUGCAGGGCAAGCGCCCCAUGGGCGGCCUGGCGCCCCCACAGAACGCGCAGAGCCAGCCGCCCCCUCCCCAGCAGUCGGCCCAGCAGCCACCGCCCCUGGGCUCUCCUCCGCAGGGCCACCUGCAGCACCAGCCGCCGGCAUUCGGGGGCCGUCCGCAAGGGAUGGGGGUGCCCCCUGUUCCGUCCGGGGCACCUGUGGGGGCUCUGCCGGGGAUGCCGGCUCAGCAGCAACACCCCCCCAGCAACACCAAGCCCUGGCCUGAUGGCCCACCCCAAAACGCGGCGGGAGUCCCCCAGAAAGUGGCGCCCCCACAGACGGGCACAAGCCGGCCGUCUCCAGCCCAGACCCCCGUGCCGGCACCGCACGCCGCCAUCACGCCCGUGAGCGCUCCCACGGCCCCCGCGCACAUGUCCGGCCCGCCGGGGCCUGGCGGUGGGGCCCAGCAAGGCCCGCCACUACCGCUGGGCCCCCAGGGGCCUGUGCCGCAUCAGGGCGGCGGCGGAGGCGGUGGCGCCGCGCCGCUUCAGUCGAAGCAGACCAAGAUGGUGCCGGUGCAGAAGCCUCGUGGCCUGGACCCCGUGGAGAUCCUGCAGGAGAGAGAGUACAGGCUGCAGGCUCGGAUUACACAUCGUAUUCAGGAGCUUGAGGGACUCACGGCCGCGCUGCCCUUUGACCUUCGUACCAAGGCCACCGUGGAACUCAAGGCCCUUCGUCUGUUAAACUUCCAGCGCCAGCUCCGGCAGGAGGUGGUCGCGUGCAUGCGACGCGACUCCACCCUAGAUACGGCCCUCAACGCCAAGGCGUACAAGCGAAGCAAGCGGCAGUCCCUGCGUGAAGCGCGCAUCACCGAGAAGCUGGAGAAGCAACAGAAGAUCGAGCAGGAGAAGAAGCGACGGCAGAAGCAUCAGGAGUACCUGACCAGCAUCUUGCAGCAUGCCAAGGACUUCAAGGAAUACCACCGCUCCAUGGCGGCCAAAGUGCAGAAGCUGACCAAGGCGGUGUCCACGUACCACGCCAACACGGAGCGUGAGCAGAAGAAGGAGAACGAGCGCAUCGAGAAGGAGCGCAUGCGGCGUCUCAUGGCCGAGGAUGAGGAGGGCUACCGGAAGUUAAUCGACCAGAAGAAGGACAAGCGCCUUGCGUACCUGCUGCAGCAGACGGACGAGUACAUCGGUAACCUCACGGACCUGGUGUGCGAGCACAAAGCCACGCAGGCUGCCAAGGACCGCGAGAAGAAGAAGAAAAAGAAGAAGAAGGCGGCAGAGAAGGCGGAGGGAGGAGCGGUGGGCCCCGAUGGAGAGCCGCUGGAUGAGAGCAGUCAGAUGAGCGAGCUGCCGGUGCGCGUGAUCCACGUGGAAUCGGGGCGGAUCCUGUCGGGAGAGGAUGCCCCCCGGGCCAAUCAGCUGGACGCCUGGCUCGAGAUGAACCCAGGAUACGAGGUGGCACUGCGUUCUGACAGCGAGGAGAGCGGCUCGGAAGACGAGGAAGAGGAUGAUGAGGAGGAGGACGACAAAGAGGACGAGCUGCCCCACCAGCCGCCGUCUUCCGUCGAGGAACGCAAGAAGAUCACGGACCCCGACGAGGUUUCGGAGCACGUGGCCAAGGACAUUAUUUUGAGCGCCAAGCAGGACGUGGAUGAUGAGUACAAGAUCAAGGAAGGCAUGGACCUGAUCGGCUCCUCCUCCUACUACGCCAUGGCUCACGCCAUCACCGAGUCCGUGCAUCGCCAGUCGUCGCUCAUGAUCAACGGCUCCCUCAAGAUGUACCAGGUGCAAGGCCUCGAGUGGAUGGUGUCCCUCUACAACAACAACCUCAACGGCAUUCUGGCGGAUGAGAUGGGGCUCGGCAAGACCAUCCAGACCAUCGGGCUCAUCACCUACCUCAUGGAGAACAAGCGUCUCAACGGGCCCUACCUCAUCAUCGUGCCGCUCUCGACCUUGUCCAACUGGGUGAUUGAGUUUGACAAAUGGGCGCCCUCCGUGGUGAAGAUCUCCUACAAGGGCUCCCCGGCUGCUCGACGUGCUUUCAUGGUGCAGCUGCGUAGCGGGAAGUUCAAUGUUCUUCUCACGACCUACGAGUACAUCAUCAAGGACAAACACGUGCUGGCCAAGAUACGAUGGAAAUACAUGAUCGUGGAUGAAGGACAUCGCAUGAAAAACCACCACUGCAAGCUCACCCAGGUGCUCAACUCGCACUACAUCGCGCCGCGCCGCCUGCUGCUCACCGGCACGCCGCUGCAGAACAAGCUGCCCGAGCUGUGGGCCUUGCUCAACUUCCUGCUGCCCACCAUCUUCAAGAGUUGCAGCACCUUCGAGCAGUGGUUCAACGCGCCCUUCGCCAUGACCGGAGAGAAGGUGGGUGCGUGCGUGCAUGUUCAGGUCGACCUGAACGAGGAGGAGACCAUCCUCAUCAUUCGCCGAUUGCACAAGGUGCUCCGCCCCUUCCUGCUGCGCCGCCUUAAGAAGGAGGUGGAGGCGCAGCUGCCUGAGAAGGUCGAGUACGUGAUCAAGUGCGACAUGUCAGCGCUGCAGAAGGUGCUCUACCGGCACAUGCAGGCCAAGGGGGUGCUGCUCACUGAUGGCUCCGAGAAGGACAAGAAGGGAAAGGGAGGCACCAAGACACUCAUGAACACCAUCAUGCAGCUGCGCAAGAUCUGCAACCACGUGUACAUAUUCCAGCACAUCGAGGAGUCAUUUUCCGAGCACCUCGGCUUCAGUGGAGGCAUCAUCCAAGGAGCCGAACUCUACCGGGCGUCGGGCAAGUUCGAGGUGCUGGACCGCAUCCUGCCCAAGCUGCGAGCCACCAACCACCGCGUGCUGCUCUUCUGCCAGAUGACGGCGCUCAUGACCAUCAUGGAGGACUACUUCGCCUUCCGCAGCUUCCGCUACCUCCGGCUGGAUGGAACUACAAAAGCGGAGGAGCGGGGAGACCUCCUCAAGAAAUUCAACGAGCCCGACUCGCCCUACUUCAUCUUCCUGCUGAGCACCCGCGCCGGAGGCCUCGGACUCAACCUCCAGGCCGCCGACACCGUUGUUAUCUUUGACUCGGACUGGAACCCCCACCAGGACCUGCAGGCGCAGGACCGCGCCCACCGCAUCGGGCAGCAGAACGAGGUGCGCGUGCUGCGGCUCUGCACCGUCAACAGCGUGGAGGAGAAGAUCCUGGCGGCCGCCAAGUACAAGCUCAACGUGGACCAGAAGGUCAUCCAGGCCGGGAUGUUCGACCAGAAGUCGUCGAGCCACGAGCGGCGAAUCUUCCUGCAGGCCAUCCUGGAGCACGAGGAGCAGGACGAGGAUGAGGACGAGGUGCCCGACGAUGAGACGGUGAACCAGAUGAUCGCCCGCAACGAGGAUGAGUUCGAUCUUUUCAUGCGCAUGGACCUCGACCGGCGGCGUGAGGAGGCGCGUAACCCCCGUCGCAAGCCGCGCCUCAUGGAGGAGGACGAGCUGCCCGGGUGGAUCCUGAAGGAUGACGCCGAGGUGGAGCGCCUGACGUGCGAGGAGGAGGAGGAGAAGAUGUUUGGCAGAGGCACCCGGCACCGCAAGGACGUGGACUACAGCGACUCGCUCACCGAGAAGCAGUGGCUUCGGGCCAUUGAAGACGGCAACCUGGAGGAGAUGGAGGAGGUGGUGCGAGCCAAACGGGCGCGCAAGCGGAAGGCGUCGCCCAGCUCGGUGGGGAUGGAGCCGGAGGUGAUCGAGGAGCCUCCCCCCCCGCCGGUCAAGGAGAGGCACAAGAAGAAGAGGGGCCGCCCCCCCGCGGCCGACAAGCCAGUGCCCAACCCGCCGUCCCUGCUCAACAAGAUGAGGAAGGUCCUGGACGCAGUGCUCAAGUACAAGGACGGGUCUGGCCGGCAGCUCAGUCAAGUCUUCGUGCAGCUGCCGUCACGCAAAGAGCUCCCUGAGUACUACGAGCUUAUUCGAAAGCCUGUCGACUUCAAGAAAAUCAAGGAGAGGAUUCGAAUCCACAAGUAUCGCAGUCUGGAUGACCUGGAAAAGGACGUGAUGCUGCUGUGUCAGAACGCGCAGAUCUACAACCUCGAGGGGUCUCUGAUCUACGAAGACUCCAUCGUCCUGCAGUCCGUGUUCACGAGCACGAGAGAGAAGGUGGAGAAGGAGCCAAGCUGCGAUGACGUGAGUGACGAUGAUGAAGAUGAUGACGGCUCUGAGUCCGAGUCCCACUCGGUGAAGGUGAAGAUCAAGCUCGGAAAGAAGAAGGAGAAAGGGAAGGAGAGGGAACGGGCUCGCGUGGGCCGGCGGCGGUCGGGCCGCGGGGCCAAAUCCAGGCCCGUGGUGAGCGACGACAGUGCCGAUGAGGACAACGGUCAGUCGGAGGUUAGUAGCGAAGUUGAGUGAAAGAUCGACGUCAUUCCAGACGCACGCCCGGCGUGGUGGUGGAGCGGCGUUUUGAGUGAACGGCGUGGAUCACAAAUGCGCGUCGCAGCUUGCGCGCGCACGGAGAAACCUUGACUCGUGUGCAUCUAAAGUCCACACGCACGCACCGUUGCAACACAGAGUUUACGUGUUACCCAACGGACCCGUUUUAUCACCGCCGGUGUGUUCUUCCAAGCCGAUGUUCGGAUCUAAAGCGGUCUCUCGGAAUGACUGACGGUAGUACUCGUAGGAUUUCAGUCCUAGAUCUUCAUGUUUGCAUGAACAAUUUCUUCAGGGGCCAAAUGCCGAGGGCCACCCUCUCCGUGUUGUCGAUGCCGCGUGCAGACGCUGGCUGCUGAACGAGUGUUAGCGUUCGCACGCCCCGGUCGCAGGUUCAGUGGUCACGUUUCCUGCAGCGCUCGUCAAAUACUAUUUCGUGUGGUGUAUUGAUAAUCGUAUCAGUGUUUCAUUCUCGCGUCACGCAGACUCUAGCAUGUAUGUAGCAGGCAGCUUUUUAUAUUGCAAAUCCGGUCCAAGUUAGAACACUAAGGAGGUGGGGGCAGGGGGGGGGGUGGUUUUUAGGUGCAAUGGAUGAUUCGUUUUUCCGAGCGGGCCACGAGAGAUACUGUGCGUGGCAUAUCGGUGCUCUGCGGCGGUGCCGAGUCUGCGGCGUGGGUAUUUGGUGUCGCCGCGUAAAACCAAGCUGUUUUUUUCUCAGUAAAAAGCCGUAAAAAUGCAAUUACGUGUAAGCACCAGUUGCAUUUUGUUUUGAGAAGCUUCCAGUGUGUGAGAUUAAUGAACUUGUGAAACGACAAAAUAAACACCUAA